AUGUUGCCAUACACCAUCUACAUCAUUGCCAAGACAGAUCUAAUCAAAUACAUGCUAACCAGGCCAAUGUUGAGAGGCAGAAUUGGGAAAUGGACCUUGGCCUUGACAGAAUUUGCCUUCAGGUAUGUUCCUCAGAAAGCUGUCAAGGGACAAGUUGUGGCAGACUUCCUAGCAGAUCAUCCUAGAGAAGAGAUUGAGAACAUGGACUCUUUGGACAUAGCAAAUGCAGAUCUGUUACCUAGAGCUCACACUUGCUUUAACAAUCCUAUCUAUUUAGUUCAUCUCACACCUUGGAAGCUGUAUUUUGAUGGAUCAAAAACUGAUAUAGCUUCUGGGGCAGGGAUUGUUUUGGAAGAACCACUUGGAAUCAGACACUGUUAUUCUUUCCAGUUAGAUUUCCAAUGCACCAACAACAAGGUAGAAUAUGAAGCUCUAAUCAUAGGAUUAGAAAUGCUGGUGGAACUAGGAAUCCAAUCUGUAGAAAUCCUGGGAGAUUCAAUGCUUGUAUUAAAACAGAUUGCUGGGGAAUACAAGUGUCUUAGUCCUUCUCUAGCUGUAUAUCUAGUGGCAGCUAGGAAUCUUCUGACAGAAUUUAGAGAAGCUACUUGGGAACACAUCCCAAGGGAGGAAAACUGUGCAACCAAUGAACUGGCCCAAGUAGCAACAGGUAUACAAAUACCUGAAGACUGUGUACAGAGGAUCAUCAAGGUGGGAAAGAAAAGCCUGCCAACAGUUCUGACCAGGGGGAUGGAGAUAGAUGUCAAUUCUGCCAUAAUCAUUGAAGAUGAUUGGAGAAAGCCUAUCAUAACCUAUUUGCAGUAUCCAAACUUUUAA